AAAGAAAAAAAAAAGGCGUGGUCCAUCCAUGCCCCAAAACAAAGUAAACGACAAUGGACUUUUUCCUCUCUCUACUGCAAACACAGAAGUAUAUAUAAAAGGAUAGGACUUUAAAAUUUCAAAAAGUUUCCCCCAAUUCUGCAUCGGCGCCUCUCUCUGCUGUACGAUCGAUAAAAAAAACCGCCUGCCGUCCUCUCAUCUCCGCCCAUCCCAAACCCUAGUUCCGCCACCUGUACCUUCAUUUCCGUUUCCAUUUCUGUUUCCGAUUGAGUAAAUUCGAAAUUAAUUUCGAUAUUACCAAACAAAGGCGCUUCGGGAACUGGAUUAAUAAUUCGCUGCGGGAAAAGUGAGAAAACAUCGUCUCGUGAUCCUCUUCCAUCCAAUCGCACAUCAGGUUGCCUAUACUGAGUUUCAUGAACAAAAAUAUGGAAAUAAAUGGGAAGGAUGAUCUGAAAUCGCCGCUUUUGCAACAUCCGAAUGAUGUUGUUAUCACUGUUUCACCCUCGGAUCAGAUUUUGCUCAAGAAAAUUAGGACGCUGGUCUUCAAAGUAGUGGGUAUAACAUGCUCAUCUUGUGUAGCUUCCAUAGAAGCUGCACUCGGAAAACUGGAUGGUGUGCAUAGUGUAGCGGUGUCUGUGCUUCAAGGUCAGGCUGUUGUGAAGUAUGUGCCAGAAGUCAUCACUGCAAAAAUGAUAAAGGAAGCAGUGGAAGACACUGGUUUUGAUGUUGCAGAGUUUCCCGAGCAAGACAUUGCAAUGUGCAGGCUCAAAAUUAAAGGAAUGGCAUGCACAAGCUGUUCAGAGUCAGUAGAACGUGCCUUGCGCAUGGUGGAUGGAGUGAAAAAAGCAGUGGUUGGUUUAGCUCUUGGAGAAGCUAAAAUACAUUUUGAUCCAAAUGUGACAAAUACUGAUCGUAUUAUUGAAGCAGUAGAAGAAGAUGCUGGCUUUGGAGCUGAUCUCAUAAGCUAUGGCAAUGACUUGAAUAAAGUAUAUUUGCAAUUGGGAGGAAUCAGUUCUCCACUCGAUUUUACUAUUAUUCAAGACUCACUUCAGUCUUUGGACGGUGUGAAUCAUGUCGAAAUAGAUGUGGACGAGCAUAAAGUGACCAUAGGUUAUGAGCCAGAUAUCAUUGGUCCAAGAUCUAUAAUACAGCACAUCCAAAAAGCUGGAACUGGACCCAAUACUUAUGAAGCAACCUUGUUCACUCCACCAAGAGGAGGAGAAACAGAGAGGCAGCAUGAAAUCCUGAUGUAUCGGAAUCAAUUCUUGUGGAGUUGCCUAUUCUCGGUUCCUGUAUUUGUUUUCUCCAUGGUACUCCCAAUGCUUCCUCCAUAUGGAAAUUGGCUAGACUACAAGGUUAUCAAUAUGCUUGACGUCGGGAUGCUUUUACGAUGGAUCCUCUGCACACCUGUGCAGUUUAUCAUUGGCAAAAGGUUUUAUGCAGGAUCAUACCAUGCAUUGAGACGAAAAUCUGCGAAUAUGGAUGUUCUGGUUGCCUUGGGUACUAAUGCGGCUUACUUUUACUCUAUAUAUACGAUGAUAAAAGCAUUGACUUCGGAUUCAUUCGAGGGGCAGGAUUUCUUUGAAACUAGUUCCAUGUUGAUAUCUUUCAUUCUUUUGGGGAAGUACCUGGAGGUUUUGGCGAAAGGAAAGACCUCAGAUGCUUUAGCAAAGUUGACAGAACUAGCACCUGACGUGGCUUGCCUUUUAACUCUAGAUGCUGAAGGAAAUGUCAUUUCUGAAACUGAAAUUGAUACCAAACUUAUAGAAAAGAACGAUAUACUUAAAAUUGUUCCUGGGUCAAAAAUUCCUGUCGAUGGAAUUGUCACUGAUGGUGAAAGUUAUGUGAAUGAGAGCAUGAUUACAGGAGAAGCAUUGCCAGUUACUAAAAAGCUUGGUGACAAGGUGAUUGGUGGGACGGUGAAUGAAAAUGGGUAUAUACGCAUUAAGGCCACUCAUGUUGGUUCAGAAACAGCACUUUCGCAAAUUGUUGAACUGGUUGAAGCUGCUCAGCUUGCCAAAGCACCUGUUCAGAAAUUGGCCGACCAGAUAUCUAAGUUUUUUGUUCCCACUGUUGUCCUAGUUUCUUUUGCGACGUGGCUGGGAUGGUUUAUCCCUGGACAAGCUGGUUUAUACCCUAGAGUCUGGAUACCCACGGCUAUGGAUGCAUUCGAGUUUGCCUUGCAGUUUGCUAUUUCUGUCUUGGUGGUGGCUUGCCCCUGUGCCCUGGGAUUAGCGACUCCUACUGCAGUGAUGGUUGCCACGGGCAAGGGUGCCUCUCUGGGUGUGCUAAUUAAAGGUGGAAAUGCCCUUGAAAAUGCGCACAAGGUCAAGACUGUUGUUUUUGAUAAAACUGGAACACUGACUGUUGGAAAACCAGCCGUAGUUAGCGCUGUGCUUUUCUCAGACGUUUCCAUGGAAGAUUUCUGUGACAUGACUAUUGCUGCAGAGACAAAUAGUGAGCACCCGAUAGCAAAAGCUGUCGUUGAGCAUGCUAAAAUGUUUCGUCAGAAUAACGGGUCCCAUAACGAUCUAUUUACCGAGGUGAAGGACUUCAAGGUGCAUCCAGGUGCUGGAGUGAGUGGAAAAAUCGGGGAGCGAGCAAUCCUUGUUGGAAACAAAAGGCUUAUGCAUCUUUCCAGUGUUCCACUUGGCAUUGAGGUAGAUAAAUACGUUUCAGAAAAUGAAAAUCUUGCUCGUACUUGUGUGCUUGUUGCCAUUGAAGGAAGAGCUGCAGGAGCUUUUGCAGUAACCGACCCAGUGAAACCUGGAGCUGCCCUUGUCAUAUCUCAUCUCCGCUCAAUGGGCAUAUCGAGUGUCAUGGUUACAGGUGAUAACUUGUCGACAGCUACUGCAAUAGCUAAUCAGGUGGGGAUUGAUAAGGUGUUUGCUGAGACGGAUCCACUUGGGAAAGCUGACAAGAUUAAAGAGUUGCAGUUGCAAGGUACGAGCGUUGCAAUGGUAGGAGACGGGAUCAACGACUCGCCAGCCUUGGUCGCAGCCGAUGUAGGAAUGGCAAUCGGAGCUGGCACUGAUGUAGCAAUAGAAGCUGCUGACAUCGUACUAAUGAAGAGCAACUUAGAAGAUGUUGUCACUGCUAUAGAUCUCUCUCGCAAGACAAUGUCGAGAAUUCGGACCAACUAUGUUUGGGCGCUUGGGUACAACGUUCUUGGCAUGCCAAUUGCCGCAGGGGUUUUGUACCCCUUCACCGGAAUUCGUUUGCCCCCUUGGCUUGCCGGUGCUUGCAUGGCUGCUUCGUCGAUAAGCGUGGUUUGUUCGUCUCUCUUACUGCAGUAUUACAAGAAACCUUUACAUGCUUACAAGGAGAGUCGUUAGUCUCUUUGGUUGAUUUGACUCUAAUAUGACAAGAAACAUUAGCCUCUUCGAUUGAUUUGAUUGUUUGAAUAAAAGGUAAAGUUUUAGUAACUUCCUGUUACUUCUGAAAAUGUGACGAUGCACUUUGGCUGCUCGAAAUUGCCAUGUAAAAUGGGACUUUGCGAAAGUCGUGAUAUUCGACGCAAAUUAAAUUUCUUGAUACUUGAUGGCGAAGAACUGAAAUUUUAAAGUUGUAUUGUAUAUAUUCUGUUGUGCUUUGUAGCGUUGCAUAUGCAUUUUGAAGGAUUUUUAGUUGUGAAUGCAAAUUGUCCCUUGAAAUUUUA